CUGUGGAUUUCAGAUGCAAACAUAUGCUGAUGCGCCUUCGUUUCAAAAUAGGCAGUUCAUAACUGCCUAAGGAUUUUUUCAGGGUCACAUUUUCGGGUGCUUUCCGAAUUAGACAUGAAUUUACGUUAAGACCACUGUGCGUUUAUUUUGGCAAUGGUAGGCUAAUAUUUAAACUGACCUGUUUAAUUAGCCAAACAUAUGCCUAAUUUGGUUGUCAACCUGUCAUUUCGAAAACAAUACACAGUAGAAAUAACAAUAGGUAAAGAACGACGGUGAAUUGUGGGUAAUUACACCAUCGAAGGCAAGUGAAGUCUGCACAUUCAGCGGACUCUCCGAAAGUCUGCAGGAGGCUCGUACGAAAGUCGUUGCGGACUCGUUUAAUUCGGUCAUAUUCGAACAUUCUUGGAGCGCGCGUGCGUAAAGUCCAUGAGUCUCCAAAGCCCGGAGAUCUGGAUUGGGCAAAAGUCUUCCGAGCACCGAAUUAUAUGUUAAAUCGAAGAUGACAACGCCGUACGUUUUUCUUUUUCUUGUGACCACGAUUCUCCCUACACAGCAAGAGGUUGUCGAAGACGUCCUCGCAAGUUUAACCAAAGGAGUUACUUUCUUGGAAAAACAGUCCAGAAAUAUCAACCUCGAUGGGGUUGUUGGAUACAAAAUUCUUCAUGCUCAACUUGUGCAAGCUGUUCAAUCAUGGCCCAGAGACCUCGACAGCAUAGCUCAGCGCUCGACAGCAUCCUCCCUUGUAAAAAGAUUAGACAACAGCUUGUCCCACGCUAUUAAAUCACUACAGGAGACAGAAUCGAAAUAUUACAGAGAGUUUGAACCUCUGAUGGACAAAUCAUUUUGGUCCUUACCUCACGAUUGGACUACCACAGACCCCUCCCUUGUGUAUGCAACUCGGAGAUCUGCAGAGUGCUAUGACGAACAGCUCAGUGACAAGUGCAUGACCCUGCUACUAGGCACAUGGAAAGAUAAUGGAACCCCAUGCAUAGUAACAAAACUGUGCCGGGAUACAAUGACACGAUUUGGAUGUCCCCACUAUUCCCUGUCUCACCAGCUGCUUUAUUUCAUGAUUGGGACAAUGAAUGGUUGCUCAAAAAUGCUAAAGGGAGAGAUGAGACAAUCAAGGGUAAACAUGACUGUGCAGCACUACCACAGGAUAUUCUGCUCCAACAUGAUGAAAAGCAACCAGGAGGUCUUUAAAGAUGGCUUCACUGGCCAAACCCAGGACAUUUUUGUGGAAAAUAUACUACUCUGUGGUUUGGCUGGAUUCUCAGACUUCUACAAUCUUAAUUGGCUGGAGCACAUACUGCUAUGGCAAGACCCUGAAGAUGGUUGCUUUGGGAAAGAGUAUGACUUCUCUCUCGGUUUCCCGGAAGAACAUUUAGGACCACAACCUCACAGGAGAGUGAAGAGGAGGGAGAAGACACUCAGAGGUGGAUGUUCGAGUCACAUGACUGGCGUUGCUGUGAGUGCUCUUGGAGGAUACCUGAACUUUUACCUCUCGGAGCAGGACAUCACAAAGAGACCACUCACCUGAGCAGAUCAUCAGAACAGAUCAUCAGAACACACCCUUGAUUCACACUCAGUUAUCAAUAAGCUAAUACUCUAUUCUCCUUCAAUUAAAUAUAUAAAAUAUGCCAUAAAUACAAAUUAUCUACUCUAGUCUCUAUGAUGUGCACGUUUUUCUUUUUAUUCUCUAGAAAGAUAUAGUGAACGUUUUUUUCUUUUUUUUAUUCUCUAGAAAUAUAUAGUGUACAGAGAUCAUACACAUCUGCUUUUUUUCUUACAUAUGUUAAGCAUUUCUGCUUUUCUGUGGGAAAGGCAACACAUUUGUUAACAGCACAGUUAAACAGGAGUGAAUAAAUGCUUUUAAAACAGAGCAAAAGUAAUAAAUAAUUACGUAUUAAAUGUGUAAAUAU